AUGGCCGAGUACAACCAGCCCGUGGUCGUCGACAACGGCAGUGGCAUCCUCAAGGCCGGCUUCGCGGGCGGCGAGCUGCCGCAGGCCGUCUUCCCGAGCUACGUGGGCACGACCAAGCACCUGCGCAUGAUGGCGGGCGGCGCCUACGAGAGCGGCGACACGUUCGUCGGCAGCCGCGUGCAGCAGCACCGCGGGCUCUUCAGCAUCAAGUACGCCAUGGAGCAUGGCAUCGUCACCGACUGGGACCGCAUGCAGCGCAUCUGGGAGCACAUGUACUCCAAGGACAUGCUCAACAUUACGAGCGAAGAGCACCCGGUGCUGCUCACCGAGGCGCCGCUCAACCCGGCCGCGAACCGCGUCAAGGCCGCCGAGGUCUUCUUUGAGAGCUUCAACGCGCCCGCCUUCUUUGUGUCGCCCCAAGCUGUCCUCUCGCUCUAUGCGUCCGGCCGGACGACCGGCGUCGUCCUCGACGUUGGCGAUGGCGUCACGCAUGUCGUGCCCGUCUACGAGAGCUUUACCUUGCCGCAUGCCAUCACGCGCAUGGACGUGGCCGGGCGGGACGUGACCAACUACCUCCAGCUGCUCUGCCGCCGGGCCGGGUAUGUGUUUCAGACCUCGGCCGAGCUCGAGAUUGUCAAGGAGAUCAAAGAAAAGCUGUGCUACGUGGCGUUCAACCCAGCGAAAGAAGAGCAGCUCGCCCACGCCGCCGGCGACGCGCCGUCCUCGGCCGCCCAAGCCUCGUCCGAGUACCGCCUUCCGGACGGCAGUGUCCUCAACCUCGGCCCGGAGAAAUUCCGAGCGCCCGAGAUCCUCUUCCGCCCCGACCUCAUCGGCUCCGAGUACACAGGCGUCCAGGACUGCCUCGUGCAUGCAAUCCUGCGCUCCGACAUGGAUCUGCGCAAGACGCUCUUUUCGCAGAUCGUCUUGAGCGGCGGCUCGACGCUCUUUCCCGGUUUUGGCGACCGCUUGCUCUCCGAAGUCCGCAAGAAGGCGCCCAAGGACAUCAAGAUUCGCAUCUCGGCGCCGCCCGCGCGCCAGUACUCGACGUGGAUCGGCGGCUCGAUCCUCGCCUCGCUCGCGACGUUCAAGACCAUGUGGAUCACCAAGGCAGAGUACGAGGAGCACGGCGCGUCCAUUGUGCAUCGAAAGACGCUUUAA